AUGCACUUCCCAGCAUCCAAAAUCAUCGUCAACAAAAGAGCAGCAGAACAACAAUGUUUAUCCAUCCUCCAAACCUGCACUACACUCCUUAAUCUCAACCAAAUUCAUGCACAGAUUUUCAAAUUGGGUCUCCAAGACAACCAACUAGUCCUCACCAAAUUCACUUCAACAUCAUCCGAUCUCAAUGCCAUUGACUACGCUUCAUCCAUCCUAUUCUCUCCGGAUGCUAAAACACAUCUCUACGAUACUUUCCUUUACAACACCGUCAUUAGAGCUUACGCGCAAACCCAUCAAUCCAAGAUCACAGCUGUUGAUAUUUACAAAACCAUGGUUUGGAAUGAUGUUACCCCUAAUAAGUUCACAUACCCAUUUGUCCUCAAGGCCUGCGCGGGUGUCGGGAGGUUACGUUUAGGCGAAUCUGUUCAUGGUAAGGUUGUGAAGUUUGGGUUUGAUGAGGACAUACAUGUCUUGAAUACUAUGGUUCACAUGUAUUGUUCUUGUGGUGGGGUUGAGAAUGCACGAGUAGUGUUCGAUGAAAUGCCUAAGUCGGAUUCUGUAUCCUGGAGUGCAAUGAUCGGUGGGUACGCACGCAUGGGAAAGUCAACCAGUGCUGUUGAGUUGUUUAGGGAGAUGCAGAUUGCUGGGGUUAAACCCGAUGAGAUCACCAUGGUUUCUGUUCUCUCCGCCUGUAGUGAUUUAGGCGCUUUAGAGCUUGGAAAGUGGGUGGAAAACUAUAUAGAAAGAGAAAAGAUUCCAAAAAGCAUCGAACUUUCUAAUGCCCUUAUUGAUAUGUUCACUAAAUGUGGCGACAUGGAUAAAGCUUUAAGGCUAUUCAAAACCUUGGAUCAUAAAACCAUUGUUUCUUGGACUUCUGUGAUUGUGGGCAUGGCAAUGCAUGGACGUGGGUUAGAAGCUGCUUCAUUAUUUGAAAAAAUGAAUCUUUCUGGGGUCCCACCAGAUGAUGUCACUUUUAUCGGGUUGCUUUCAGCUUGUAGUCAUUCAGGUUUAGUCAACGAAGGCCAAAAGUACUUUGACUCCAUGACUUCAAACUUCCAUAUAAAACCCAAAAUCGAGCAUUACGGAUGCAUGGUUGACCUUUUCAGUAGAGCAGGAUUAGUCAAAGAGGCACUAGAUUUUGUUACCAAAAUGCCCCUUGACCCAAACCCGAUAAUCUGGAGGACGUUGACCGCUGCGUGUCGUCUACACGGUCAACUCAAUCUCGGUGAAACCAUCACAAAAAAAUUGAUCGAAUACGAGCCGUUGGAUCAAUCUAAUUAUGUCUUGCUUUCGAAUAUAUACGGGAAAAUGUCCGAUUGGGAAAAGAAAAAGAAAAUCAGAGACAUGAUGGGCGAAAAGGGAAUAAAAAAGAUUCCCGGGAGUACAAUGAUAGAAUUAGACAACAAGAUGUAUGAAUUUGUUUCGGGUGAUAGAACACAUGAUUUAGAUAAAGAGAUUCAUGAGAUGAUUGAUGAAAUGGGGUGGAAGAUGAAGAUGGCUGGAUAUGUUGCUACUACUUCAGAGGUGUUACUUGAUAUCAAUGAAGAGGAUAAAGAAGAUGCUUUGAAUAGACAUAGUGAAAAAUUAGCUAUUGCAUUCGCGCUUUUGAAAACGCCACCUGGCACUCGUAUACGCAUUGUGAAAAACUUGCGUGUUUGUAGCGAUUGUCAUUCGGCAACAAAGUUUGUUUCCAAGAUUUAUAAUCGGGAGAUUGUUGUUAGAGAUAGAAAUAGAUUUCAUCACUUUAGAGAUGGGAUUUGUUCAUGUAAAGACUUUUGGUGA